AGCGGGGAAGCAUCUUGAACUUGCAGGGCAGCUUACCUUAAGAACCACUGUUCAUCUUAGAUCAGAGGCCAAAAUGCAGGGUUCGGGCGUAUCCAUGGCUUGAGGUUCUGUCUCCACACCUCCUGGAUCUCCUCCUGAGUUUAAAAUGGGAGUAGUCCUGAGGAACCUGCAGAAGGUGGUUCCUCUCCGCCGGGCCAGGCUGCGCAGGGACGUGGACACCCUGAGACACAUCCUGGGCAUCCAGAAGUUCGACCUGGGCGUCAUCUGCGUGGACAACCGCAGGAUUCAACAGAUCAACAGCGUUUACAGGAAGAAAGACGCGCCAACAGACGUCCUGUCAUUUCCAUUCUACGAGGACCUGAGGCCUGGAAAGCUGCCUUGCCCCAUUCACAGGGAUGAGCUGAACCUUGGAGACAUCUUCCUGGGGGUCGAGUUCGUGAUGAAGCAGUGCCAGGAGGAAUCUCUAGAUCUUCAUGGUGCUCUUACUGCGGUCACUGCUCAUGGGAUCUGUCACCUGCUGGGCUACAGGCAUGAGACGGAGGAGGAAUGGACUGAGAUGCUGCAGAGGGAGCGGUACAUUCUGGGCGAGUUCAACAGACUCACCGGCCGCCAGCUGGAGCCGCUCAUGAAGCCAUGCGGCCCAGAAACGUGACGGCCGCCUGCGAGCGGCGCCGCUCUAGAUGUUUUGCACUAAUUGAAUCCACUGCUGAGGUUCAUGGUUUAAUGUCAAACCUCCAGCUGCUGCAGCCGUCUGGAAGGACAUCUUCAUCACUGAAACUUUAAAGAAAUAAUCCAGUCUGUACUUUUGACUAUAAUUUUAUUAAAACCUGGUUUAAGGAAGAA